CGAGAACCAGCUGGGCAAACGACUGAUAUUCUUUGCCCCGGCGUAGCCACGAUAAACAACGUCUUGUCGUCUCCAUCCCCCGCAUUCGCGAUGAUGUCUCAAUCCCUCAGAGCAUCGCGCUCUCUCCUGGCCCGAACGGCCCGACAACCUCUGACGAUCGCUCGUCGCACCUUCAUCGCUACCCCAAUCAGACAAGCCGAUAUCGUGCAAGACCUAUACCUCCGCGAAGUUCGUGCCUACAAGGUCCCACCAAGCAAGCCAUCCGACGCCGAUGUGCACGUCCAGAAAUUCAAUGCUCCCAAGCCACCUCCAUCGCCAGAGGAGGCCAACCUCGCCGCCGAUCUGAAAGCAUACGAGACACAGGAGGUUGAGGUGGAAGGUCAAGCGACCAGCGGCGAGACCGCCCCUGUCGAGGAGGACUGGUUUGAAGACGAAGACGAGGCGCCUGCUGCUCACUAAAUUAGCCAUGUUUGCCGGGAAUGGAACAAAAAAGAAAAGGAGCGCCCUUUCCAUAGACCUUGUGUAUUUGUGUGAAUGUACACCGGAAAUCUGUAAAUCUAUACACUUCAAAAUAUAUUUUUUCUUUUUCUUCUUUCCUUCGCCUCCUCUUUUCUAUGUGUUUCGUGCUUAUCGUUAUGUUUUAACUGAACUUGCAUAUCUUUCUGGCCGAGCUACGUUUCUCAUAGAUUACGAGGGGGGGGGGGGGGGGGGGGCUGACAUACCCGUGGGCUUUCUGGACCAAGUACUCUGUAUAUCGACUUCAGUACUAAUCUGAAAGGAUAUUAUUCAAAUUGGGAACAAUACAUUACCGGACCCGGCCGCGUAUGUGCUCAUCAGGGAACUGCUUAUAUACAAAUGUACAGUAAAGUACAUGUACAAUAUAAUAUGUUAUCAUGGACAUACAUCCACGGCCCAAUACAAGGUAAAAUGAGAGAAAUAAACUAAGACAACGAUCGCUGGCUGCAACCGAAACUACCUCUUCAAUGGCGGGCAUUUUUGGGCAUUCGGCUGAGUGCGGGGGGAUAUCUGACUGAG